AAAGGGGCGGGGCAAGGCCAGGGGAGCCUCGCAAGCGGAGAUUGCCCUUGUGUCUCGAGCCGGGAAGCGGCUGGGAGCGGAGCAGCCUCCCCGCCCGCCAGCGGGACGGGACGGGACAGGCGACGCGAGUGGACAGGCAGAGGGACACGCCGGCGGGUGCAAAAGGAGCCAGCAGGGGCACCUGGCACCGCUCCGCGGGGGAGAACCUAAACCUGCCCAGCAAGCGCCGGAGCUAGCGGAGAGAGCCGCUACCCCCCCCCCCCCCGCCCUCUUCCUCCCUCCCCAAUCCACCCCCGCGACCCUGGUCCUCCUCCUCCUCUGCACCCCACUGGAUACAGCGAGGGAGACACUGCGGCGGAGGCGGCGGCGGCGGCGGCUCCUGCGGGGGGAAGGAAGCGCCCGGAGAGCGAAGCGGCGGGAGGCUGCGGAUCUGCGUGCCUGGCGCCCACCCAGCCCGAGGGGAGCCCCCAGGAUGCGGCUGAAGCCCGGCGCGCUCCUGCGCUUCUACAGCCUCUGCGGGAUCCUCGUACAAGUGGCUGCUACAAAGAACAAAGGUAGAGGCAGCCAAGGGCAGUUUCCACUCACACAGAACGUCACGGUGGUUGAAGGAGGAACAGCAAACUUGACCUGCAGGGUCGAUCAAAAUGAUAACACCUCCCUCCAGUGGUCGAAUCCAGCUCAACAGACGCUGUACUUCGAUGACAAGAAAGCUCUGAGGGACAACAGAAUUGAGCUGGUCCGAGCUUCGUGGCAUGAGCUGAGUAUCAGCGUCAGCGACGUGUCUCUGUCGGAUGAAGGGCAGUACACCUGCUCUUUAUUUACUAUGCCUGUCAAAACUUCCAAGGCUUUUCUUACUGUUCUCGGUGUUCCUGAGAAGCCACAAAUUACUGGAUUUACCUCACCAGUUAUGGAAGGAGAGAGGAUGCAGCUCACUUGCAAGACAUCUGGUAGCAAACCAGCAGCUGAUAUCAGAUGGUUCAAGAAUGACAAGGAAGUUAAAGACGUUAAAUAUUUGAAAGAAGAAGAUGAAAACCGUAAGACCUUCACAGUCAGUAGCACGCUGGAUUUCCUGGCAGAUCGCAACGAUGACGGUGCAGUUGUAAGCUGCCGAGUAGAUCAUGAGUCCCUAAACUCUACACCUCAGAUAGCAAUGCAGGUUCUAGAAAUCCACUAUACACCUUUAGUUAAAAUCAUUUCUUCCAAUUCGUGGCCUGAAGAAGGACAAUCUAUAGUUUUGACUUGUGAAUCCAAAGGAAAACCAAUGCCGGAACCAGUACUGUGGACAAAGGAUGGUGGAGAACUGCCAGAUCCAGAGAGAAUGGUUGUCAAUGGCAGGGUCCUAAGCAUCAGUUUCCUAAAUAAAACGGACAAUGGCACAUACCGAUGUGAAGCAAAAAAUCCCAUCGGCCGAAACAGCACAGAAUAUGUCCUGAUAGUACAUGAUGUUUUCAACACUUUGCUUCCCACUACUGUCAUCCCCUCCCUUACCACUGCAACAGUCACAACCACUGUAGCCUUAACAACCAGCACAACCACAUCGGCAACAGCCAUCAGCAGCAGAGAUCCAAAUGGCUUUGCUGGACAGACUGGACCUGACCAUGCUCUUAUAGGAGGAAUAGUGGCUGUAGUUGUCUUUGUAACGCUAUGUUCUAUAAUUCUCCUUGGUCGAUACCUGGCAAGACAUAAAGGAACAUAUUUAACAAAUGAAGCAAAAGGAGCUGAAGAUGCACCUGAUGCCGACACAGCCAUUAUCAAUGCAGAAGGCAGUCAAGUGAAUGCAGAGGAAAAGAAAGAGUAUUUCAUUUAGAUGCAGAGCUAGAGUCUUGGAGUUUUACUUAUCAGGCUGACUGCUGGAGAAAACUGGCUAUCAUUUCUCAGCAUUCAUUUCUGCCACCUUCUGCUGUCUUUAUUAACGUGCAUCCCUGCUAUAAGUAGCCAGUUUAGGCCAACAAUCAGCUGUUGACAUCACCAUUCUCUAAUUCCCGUAUCAUGCGUAAAGCAGGACAUUUCUUAUUGCCUACGAUUCAUAUCCACUGCUCUCUUAACAUACAGUGCUUGAAUAUACAGCCUUAAUAAUGUUAAUCAUCUUCUUAAUCCAAGUUUUCUACAUUUUUAAAUGUUAUGCAGCUCUCUUUUGUUUGGUUUAUUUUUUCUUUUCAGUUUUCUCAUGUCUCUGCUAGUGUGUCAUAGAACAAUAUUCAUACUAAAUAGUAUUAGGUAAGGAUCUAAUUUACUUACAGAAAAAUGUUAAGUCUAAGAUUAGAGGUUUCCAGAGAAAGUUUUAUAACUGUCUAUCUGUAAUUCAAAAGAAGCAUCUUGGUUUGGAAAAAAAAGAAAAACUAUGCCCUAGAAAGCAAACUGAACUCUGCUUAGUAUAAUUUCUUGUGUGCUUGGGUUUGAUGGGGAAACUAGUAUGGGUCCACUGAUUUUUGUUUCGUUCCGUUUUGCUUUGUUUUGUUCUGGUUUAAAUGGUCCCUCGACAGCAGUGCCAUGUUUCAGUGGUUUAAGAAACACUCUGAAUAGCUGUCCAGAUCCUGCAGAGUUAGAUCGUAGCGCUUCGUUUGCACCCAAUCUGUGCUGCCCUUCUACUGCUUUCGGGGACUGCAAAGAUUAGAGAUCUUUCAGAGUCAUUUCUGGGGUGAUAAUUUAUUUGCUUCACAUGAACUCACCUGCCUACUCAUAUUUGAAGUGUACAUGGGGCACAACUGCGAGACAUUUUAGUAUCUGUAUAUACUGCAUAUAAUAAAUUCAAUUCAACAUUAUUUGAUACAUAUUUAACUUUUUUUUUUUUUGGCAGUAGCUAAGUCAGUACAAGUUAAGCAUUUUCUAAUGUCCCUGAGAUCCCUUUCUAUAUGACUCAAAUCAAUAUUCUGAGUAGGUAACAUGUAUUAGUACCUUUUGUCUGUAUGUCCUAGCACUGUUCAGCAGCAACUUUUCUAAUUCUUGUUCUUUUCUUUGUUUUCUUUGUUAUAAAAUGGAAGCACAAUGUUCUAUGGAAAGGUAGUUUUAAGCUAACAACCAGUGCACAGCCUCAGGUUUUAAAUUACAACCACAUUUGAGUACUAUCCUUAAAAAAAAAAAAAAAAAAAAAAAAAAACAACAAAAAACUGCUAUUGAGUUGCUAAAAUUCUCUGUUUUUUUUUUUAAUUUGGCAGUUCCAAAGCUGCUUCUCUGUGUUGGUUUGCCAAAAAAAGAAAAAAAAAAAAAAGGAUUAAAAAAAAAAAAGAAAAAAAAGAAAAAAAAGGAAAAAAUAAGGGAAAAAAAAGAAGAAAAAAAAAUAGAAAUGUUAAAAGAUAUAUGUUUUGUGUAUACAGUAAAUGGACUAAUUCUUUAUAUUAAAUUCCUGUCUAUGCAUUUUGUGAGGUACAAACUUAUGUCACCGUGAAUGAUAGAGAAUUCCUGCCAUGCUUUUAGCUCCACAGUGAAAGUCUCCUGUUUGGAUUAUUUCUGAAUUUUGGGUUUGGUUUGGUUGUUUUUUGGGUUUUGGGUUGUUUUUGGGGUUUUUUUUUGGUGUAAUUGACAGCUGGAAAAAAAAAUCACAUGCUCUUAAGUAUGACAACAAAACACUGUAAGCCCAUUGGCUUAUUUCCUCUUCCAAUGAAAUAAAAAGGUUACCGUAAUAGCUCUUGGAAAUGAUACACUGGAGGACUUGAGAUAGUCUAGCUGGAGCUUGUCUUGCUCCUAGGUUUUGCACCUUUGGUAAAAGCAUAUUUCUCUCUGGUUCCUGAACUUGUAAAGCCUGAAAGCAUGAUGCAAAGGACUUUUCUCCUGGGAUGUUAUUUUUGUGUGGGGAAUGGAGAGUUUGGAAUCUGAACAUCAUCUGGUAUGGUGAAAUGGAAGAUAAAGGUGCUGUGUCAGAUUAUUUAUCAGAAGAGUAUAAACCUUUUAAGGACAAUAUUAGACUAUUUUGUCUCUUUUUUCCUUUUGUUGUUGUUGAAGCAUUUAUCUUGUUGAUUUCUAAGACAGAAGGGUGACGUCAGUCAAAGCAGCACUUUUUUCCUCAAAAUAUACAGACAUAAAUAAUAUGAUGUGGUUGAGUGUUAACAUAAUAAAUCAUAUACAGUAUGACAUUUUAAAGAAAUAAGUCUGCAUUGAUGUGGUUGCAUGCUUGUUUUUACAGUUCACUCCAUACCCAUCUGUGGAAAAAUGCAAUAAUAUGUUAAUAUAAUAUGGUAGUUUGAGAGAACCAGGUAGGUGCUACUAGACACAUUGAAAACUAGUAUAGGUUUACAAGAUAUUCAUGUCUUUCAAAACAUGCCCAUAGAAAAGGUUGGCAAAGGAAGUCCUUCAGUUUAAUACCAAAAAAGUUACAGAGUCCUGUACACAACAGUGAGUUGUGUUAGCUACAGUACAGUUUCACAUAGGACAAGGUUUUGUUUCAGCUCAACUAAGCAUUUAAGCACAUGCUCAGCUUCAGAAGUUCCAUUGGACUGUAAGGCACUAUUCACAUACUUAAAAAUAAGUGCUUCCCUGGAUGAGGGCCUUAUUUGCUCAAGUGGAAUUCCCUACCAGCAUAGCAUUCACACCUUUUUUUCCCAUUCUUCCCAACUCCAGCUUGCUUGGACAAUAGGGUCAUUACUUGAACCGCUACCCAACUAAGGUCAGGUGGGACCUUCAAAAGCAAGAUUGCCUUUGGGUAACCAUUUCAAACCAUUUUCUCCAGUGGCAUAGAAACAUCAUUUAAACUUGGCAAAAAGAGUUACAAAUGGUACUGUUAAAAUAGGUUAUUUCAUUGGGUUUCAAUUACAACUUCUCAUAAGUCCUAAUUUUUUUAUGCAUUUGAUCUUCCAUUAUCUUGCACCUGGUGAUGUCUCUUGCAUUUGCAAAGCAGGUGCGAAAGACCCUACACUAAGCAUCCUACCUGGAUUGCACUUUGCAGGCCUGUCUUGGACCUCAGAGUUUUAAAUUCUUAUCCUAGGUGUGAAGAGAAAUCCCUCCUUUUUUUUCUUUGUAAGCAGAACCAUGGCUCAACACCAAGGACAUUCAGUAGGCUAAAAGCCAGUUGUCUGUUCCCAUUGUCCAAGAUCCCGCUCUGAAAUAAGGCUUUUAUGACUACCCAGCAAAUGCGUGGAGGAUCUGGAUGGGAACAGCCCUCGCUAAAAUGUAUGUGACAUACUUCCCCACAUGCACUUGCAGAGUAGUUUUCUCGAGAUCAGGUAGCUAGUUUCUGCCAGUGUACUGUUUACUGUGUCUAUUACUGAUUGCUUUGAAACUUUUUGAUGUAGAUUUUUUCCCCCCCCUUUCUUUUAAACGCUUCGAGAACAUGCUUAUGAUUUGAACAAGAAAGCAGUGCAUCAGAAGACAAGGGGUGCAUCCUCCCACUCUUUUAGCGUCAUCUGACCAACUGAGAGACGGUUUAAAGAAUCUUGAGGCUCAGAAUUUAAGCUAGGACACUUCCAAACAUAAAUAAAUGUCCACUUUACUUAAGGAUGGUUCGUCUUGCACUCGAGACUCCCUCUCUAAAGGAAUACAUGAAGAAAACCAACUCUUCUCAAAGAACAAAAAGACAUGAAAGUUAACAUCUUGUGUAUUUUCAUUGCGGUAUGCUCUCUAUAUAUGUAACUAUUUGGGUGAAAAGAAAGGAGAGAAUCAUCUGUAAUUAUGUAAUUCAUGAUUGUAACAGCACUGAAGUUACCAUGUACGCACAUGUACAGUAGCUAUUUCAACCCUUACAGUGUGGUUACAUGUAAUUCCCUGUAACAUAGCAGUUAAUAGUGUAAUUUAGUGCCACUUACUGUAAAGUGUUACCAAAAAAAAAAAAAAAAAAAGAAAGAAAAUCGACUCCUUACCUUUGCAAUUUCAUUAAAAUUAAAGGUAAGUUUAUUAAAUUAGCACCAUAAAUCCAAUAAUGCAUUUCUUAAUUAAGGAGGUGAUUUACAACUUCAUGUUUGCGCUACAGCUUCCCCCACUGCUGCCUCCAAGCGUCUAAUCUCUGCGCUCCUAGGAACUGGUAAUCUGUGAUGAACGUACCAAAAAGAGGCCAGCUACUUCAACUUUGAAUUGAAUGAGCUGGUUAGUAGAGGAAAAGCAAACAACAGCAACCAAAAUAAGGAGUAAUGCUUUUUAUUAAGUGGCACAAAGUACACACUAAAAACUAUGCAAAAAUAUAGGUAAACACAGUGUACUUACAUGUAAGUAUCUUGUACUUGCUGUGUAUGGAUAUUGGACAAACGUGUAAUUAUAAUAUGCAUUUUGGUUAUUUCAAGCCGGGGGUGGGGGGAAUGACCUCUAACAACAGUCACAAGAGAGAACUGGAAGGUAGAUAUAGAAGCAGUGGAUAUCCUAAUGCAAUAUGUGUAAUUCCUCUACUUGCAACGACAGCUGAUUUACAGAAAUGCUUAUCCCACUCCUCAUUCUCACUAGCGUUGCUUUCCAUUUCUUUGAGGCCCAUCACAUACCAUUGACGCACCUUUAGGCGAAGUAAGGCACUGACUGUGCUCAUGGCUUUGCUGCCAGCACUCUGUAUGUCUGGCAGCACUGUUCUGUAAUCUAUUUCUGGCUCAACAGCACAAGUUUCCUCUUUUUUUCUGUCCUCAAGGGAGCCUAGUAUGUUAAGAUGCUGAAAUAUGCUGCCAUAUGCCCUGGUAUUUUUAGCAUGAACAACAGAGAAAGAGAGAGAGAGCCAGCUGCAUUCUUCUGACCCCUGUUUUGCUGAAUCACCUCACCUGGAAUUUCCACUCCUUGCUCAGUAACACCAGGUAAUCUUAAAUUGUAAGUACAAAAUGCUUCCAUCAAAGUGCAGAGGAUGCCUUUAAUUGAUAAAGCAAACAUUUUGUAAACGUGAAGUUUUGUAUUACUGAUCUUUUUUUCACUUCUCAUCGCUUUUCAUCAUACCCUUCCAGAAGGAAUGCACUGAAAGACAGAUACCAUAGAAUAGCAAAAUAAGGAAAGAGUAUUUGAAGCCUUUUUUGUGGUUGCCAUUGCUGUAAUUCCACUUUGUGUCCUGCGUGAAAGGUAAAUAGAUGGAUUUAGCAACUGUUAUUAGCAUCAUUCCACACUGUACUCUUCGUAGAAUAUGACAUCUACCUCUUAGUCUGAAUACUAGCUAUGAGAUAUUUGUAUGCAUUUUGAAUACUACUGAAUCUUUGGUGUAGUCUUGAAAUGAGGUCACCAGGGUUUGGUUUUCUUUUUUUUUUUUUUUUGGUUUGGGUUUUGUUGUUGUUUUUUUUUCCUGUCAAAACUAGAGAAAAUAAUGAUUACCUUUGUUCGUAAUUCUUGCCCUGUUCUGAUUUUGGGAUAGAGCUUUUAACAGGGCACGUAGACACAGCCUCAGCUGGUAUAAAUCAGCUUCACUCUGUUGCCUUAAAUGUGGGCCAAUUUCCACUGGCUGGGGAGGAUUCAUCCCAAACAGCUUAAAAAUAACCCACUACAACGCAUCGGUAUUUAGUCAGCACUAGAUGCUUAUGUGCAAUCCAACUGCAACACAAAGCUUUCCAUUGAGGCAUGCAAGUUUGAAGAGAAACUUUUAAAAGCACAUGCAAGCUUUUGAAUUAAAUAUGCAAUACCAAUACUGUUGAGAUAUCCUAACACUUCUCAUACUUAUUUAAACAUACUAUUGCCAGGACAUGUUUACAUUAAAAGCAUUCAAUGCGUAGGGGACAGGGAAAGGCCGUUGGAAACAAGGAGAGAAAAUUAAAUGGCUCCAGCAGCCUCUGAUGUCAACUGAGCAGAGCAGAAACUCUUUUGAAGAGUAGGACUUCUCACUUUUUUUUUUUUUCAGAGUCAACCUAGUACCUCUAAAGCAAUUGGGAGUUGUCUACUUGACAUUGACAGAAGCUCUCACAGUUCCUUCUUGCUAUUGAUGAAUCUAACCCAGACUCUGCACUUGUUUUAACUCAGGAGGAAAUAAGGGUACAAACAUGGUUUAACAGCACACUUCUCUAUUGCUCCACAUCCUCAGGAUGCUUCAACUUUUGUGUGUUUCCAGCAUCCCUUAAGGGAAUUCUUCCAGCAUAUAGGAAUCAUCUUGUUGCCAAGUCAUGUUCGUGUUCUUCAGCAGUGUUUAAUGUACUCAACAACCAGACAGAAGAUGUUGUGGAGCAAGUAGGAUGACUUUAUAGUAGUAGGGCCUUCCAGAGCCUCUCAGUAGAUGACAAAACAAAAUAAAUCUUCAUAGCUUCUGUGUUUACUAUAGAUCUGUCCUCCACGUUUUGUGUCUUAAGUAACUUUUUAUCUGCUGGUCCAAAAGCAGUGGUCUAAUUGGAAAGGAGGUAGGAAGAACAAAAAAAAUCUUUCCUCUAUAAUGUUGCUAUCCUCUAAGCUACUAUUGAAAAUUUCAAAGGUUUUUAUUCCUUCUUUAGUUUUUCCUAAGAGUCAAGUGCAAAAUCAGGCCUGUUGGGGUCAACACUUUAGCACUUCCCCUGUGUUCAGGGUCAAGCCAGCAGUGCGUGAGCUCUGAUCUCACUUUUCAGCACAAACUACAGACAGCCUUACCCUGCCCUUAUGCAUAGUGCUGAAAAUCACUGAUGCUAUUUGCUUCUGAACAUACUCAUUUCCUUAAUCUCACUCGACAGUGAAAACAUUGAAGCGUUUUCAAAACAGGUUCCAAAGGAGGAGUUUUAAAGUAAUAACUUGUGAAGAAAAUGGCAAUGAUGAUCAUUAACUGUUUAUGUUGUCAAGAGAAGGAAAAUCUGGGUGAAUCCUUAUCACUUCCUCUUUCUCUCCUUUCUAUGCAUAUUGAUUAAUGUUAGUAAAUAUGCAGUUGCCUAUGUUGUCUUUUUUUAAGUGGAAGCAAAUUUGCUUAACCCUGUGUAUAGCUUCUAUAGAAACGUGCAAAUGUGACCUGCAAUCAUCUGCUUCUGCAUUAACUAGUGAGCCAAGAGUGAAUUUGUGGAUUACUGGAUUAAUAUCUGUCCUGCUUCCAUAAGAGUUGGGUACAAUAUGUCUAUUCAUUUCAGAAGAGCAAGGUCAAGUCUUCGAAGUACGUUUGAGUUGCUGUUUGAUUCUUUUCCAGGACGAUGAUAAAGCAAUCUGUGUGCGUCCUUUACUUUGAGGCUAGGUACGUUGUAACAGUGAAAAACCUUCAGUUCAGCAGGAAGUUUCCUAGAAUAAGGCAUAAUUUGUGAAACCACUACAACAGCUUCAUCUAUCUGUAGUCAGUGUAAGGAUCUUCUCUUAGAAAAUCCAGUGUACUUUGCUCUUACACUGUUUCUGGCGUUGAGAAGGAUAGAGUUGAAUGGUUCAGAAAUACGACCACUAACCUGUAAGCAGAGCCCCUGGGAAUUAAACAUAUUGCACUGACAAUGAGACACGUUUCUUUCAUUUGAUUUCCUCAUUAAUAACUUGACAAAAUGCAUAUUGUAAUGUUAGGUACAUGACACUUGCAUGUUGCUAUGCCUAUAUACUUACAAAGUAUUCAAUGUGUACUUAGUGGCGCUUAAAAAAUGUCAUGUACGAUUCUUCUAAACAUUCUUACAGGGUUCCCAUUUGCACUUCAUCUUUCAGAAAAGUCUUGUCAGAAAAUUGUCUGAUGAAUAUUAUUGAAAAAGAAAAUAAAAUUUUGAUUUUAGUUAUCUGUUGGA